GUGCUAGUACCAUUUUGUCUUUUUCUUAAAAUGAGGCACUUUCAUUGGCAUAACGACCAGGAUGAUUACAUGUACGUCGACGAAGAGGAUGGUGGCGGAUACCGUCAAGGUCCCAAGUAUUGGUGUAAUGAUGACAAGAAAGUAGUUCCCGGUAUUAGACUCAGAGAAGGUCCAUACGAUCUGUCUGUUCUACCCGGAAAAUAUAUCUGGGUCUACAGCGGUCAUCCAGAAUUUGAGAAGAUAAUAGUCGAGAAAGACUGGGGUGCUAUCACCAUCGUUGCGCAGAACAGUGGUGCAGAAAAAAUUCUCCCUGAGCAUAUUGAGGCUACCCUCAAUAACGGGGAGAUUAAAGGCUCUUUCAAAGGCAUCGUGCCUCGCAAAGUCGCUGGGUGCUCGAAUUGCUUCUACAUAGAGAGUGUACAGUGGGUCAAGGAGUGGGUAAAUCGUGUGGAUGAAGACGGACACGGUCUGUCUAUCGCAGCAGAAGAUGAUGAUAAUGGACAUCCUUUCCUCGUCUUCUACUGGAAUGAUGGAUAUGGCUGUCACGGCGCGUUCGGGGAGUACGAUAUCAUUGCAAAGAAAGUUUCUGGUACCAAUGACAAUGGCGACUUCCUUUCAGAAGCUGAGUCUCAGCGCCUCGGGAUAGAAUGUACUCUGGAAGAGAUAGAAAAGAUGGCAAAUGGCGGCGGUUCCAAAGAUGAUGACGCGUCCAGUGAGGACAAGCGCGAGGUUGAAGAGGAAGAAGAGGCAGGCCAGACCAGCAUAUUGGGUACGAAGCGGAAAGCGCCUGAUCUUCCGGAAGAACAGUCAAAUCCCAAGACUCGAAAAACUUGACAUUACUAAACUCUAUCCAAAUAUUUACACUCAGUAAUACUUUAUGGCCAUCGUUCAUCUGUGCGUGUACGGCACGUCUGUAUCACAAUUCAGGGUGAGGCCGCCGCCAAACCCUAAGUACACACUACGUAUGUACACUCGAAAUUAUACCAAUCUCCCCGGCCAUUCUUGCAUAUAAAGGAAUCGAAACUAGGUGUAAAGCGCACUCGGGACCCAGAAAACUAGGAACACGCA